UCAGUUUUAGUUUGGACUCUUACGUGGAUGCAGAGCUACAAACACACAGCUUAAACUUUUAAACUACAAACACACAGCUCUAUAUUCUCUAUAUUGUUGGUUGGUAACGGAUACAAAGAGUCACUUCACUUAGCGACGAGUAUAAAAAAAGUCCACUGAGACAUAAAUAUAGCGGAUUAAAAGACUAGUUAGUUGUUUGUAGAUUAGAACUUUGAGAGAAAAAAGCAGCUUAAUGAUAAAUCAGCAAUGGACAUGAUGAGUAGUGAAGACACUAUGGACAAACUGGACUCAGAAUUUGAUCACUAUUUAGUUGACAUGAAACCCUUCGUGCUCAGGCUUCCAGACAAAUCAGAGCGUCAGCGGUGUGCCCUGUGGAUUAAGAAGCUCUGCGAUCCUUUGGCGUCCGGUUCGGGGCUUAUGGGAAGGAAAAAUCGGAACGCAUAUGCCCGGCUUCUUCUGCACAUGCUCAGAAAAGGUGUUCUUGAAGGACCGUUUACCUACAAGCCUGAAGCGGGAAGCCUCAAAACUUUACCAACAUACAUGUCAGUGUACUACGACGAGCCGUUAGCAUCCAGGUCUCAGGCGCUGAGCGCCGCCGUGCUGCCAGACUGGGUUUCUGGUGAACUGGAUCGUGAUGACGUCUGGCCCAGCACGCUGAAGGACUCCUCUCUCUCUCCUCAGCCAAACUGUAACAGAAGGAGAAAUCUGUUCAGUCACAAGUCUCCAACAAGACCUUUAUCUUCCAGUCCAGUCAAGUCCACUGCUAAAGCGGACAAGAGGGAUGAGCGAAUAAGAAGACCCUCCUCUGAUGACAGUGACUUAGAAGCCCGUCUCAACAGCUGGAACCUUGGGAUUGAAAACCCCAGGUAUUUGCGCGAGAACCCUAUUCCCCUGUCUCCGAUUUACCCUAAGAGCCUAAGAAAAAGUAGCACCCUUACAGAUGAGCCUCCCGUUUACAAUCCAGAUAAGGAGUCUGAAAUGAGGAUCAAAGUUCUGGAGGCCAAAUACCAAGAGGAGAAGCUGAAGCUCCAGCAGAGACAUGAUGCCGAUGUUCAGAAGAUUUUACACCGUAAGAAUGGAGAGAUCGAGGAGUUGAAGAACCUGCAUCGGUCCAAGAUGAAAGAAGCAGAGGAGGCAGUGAGAGCACUGGAGAAAAAAGUUCAAAGCUUGCUGCGCGAGUCUCAGGUCAUCCGCCAGAGCAAAGACAAGCAGAUCGCAGAGUUGAAGAAAAUGUUGGAUCAAAGUGCUGACUCUCUGAAAAACGAAUGGGAGAAGAAGCUACACACUGUGAUAGCUCAGAUGGAGCAGCAGAAGUUUGAACUGCAGAAGAAGCACACAGACAACAUCCAGGAGCUGCUGGAGGACACCAACCAGCGACUGGCCAAGAUGGAGGCGGACUAUGGUACCCAGGCACGAGCUACCGAGCAGACUGUGCGGGAUCUGGAGGCCCGGGUGAAGCAGCUCUCAGUGGAGGUAGAGAACGGCAACUUGCUCAGGCAAAAGGUCACGCAGGAGAAAGCUGAGCUGGAGAUCCACAUUGCAGGCAUCAGCGCUGAGCUCCAGGAGGCCAACUGCAGGAAUAUGACUCUGCAGAGGGAAAAGGAUCUACAGAGUGAGGAGCAUGAAGAUGCGCUAAAAAAGCUCCAGGCCAAACACGAUGCAGACAUCAGUCACUUUCAGCAGGAGCAUGCACUGUCUGCAGCCAAGGCGUCUGAGGUGAUCGAGGAUCUGGAACAGAUGGUGGCUCGGCUCAAACAGCAGCUGCGAGACAGCGAGCACCAAAGGCAAAAGCAGCUCAGGGAGCUGGAAAAUAAGAUGCAACAUGAGAGAAUGGACCUGCAGCACACCAGUGACAAAAAGGUGCAGACUCUGCAGGCUGAGCUAGAGAAGGAGCGAACUGAAGCCAGAAAAAAGAGCGUGAAGCUGGAAGAGGCACUCAGGGAGAAAGAGGAUCACAUUUGCCACCUUAGAGAGUUGCAGAGACAACAGGUCCAGCAAGCAGAGAGUUCUUUGGACAGCUUUAAGAAGCAGGUGGAGCUCAGCUCUGAAAAAGCCUAUGCUGAUAUGAAGCAGCAGAUGGAAAAGGUCGAAGCUGAUCUGACCCGUUCUAAGUCACUGAGAGAGAAGCAAACAAAGGAGUUCGGCCACCAGCUAGAGGAGCUCCAGCAGAAAUACGAGCAGCAGAUUAUGGAGCUGAAACUGCAGCACGAGCAGGAGAGGACACACCUACUUCAGCAACACAAUACUGAGAAGGACAGCCUGGUCCAGGAUCAUCAGCGGGAGAUUGCUAGUUUGGAGAAGCAGGCGCGGUCCGCCAUGGCCCAGCACCAAGCACAAACCCAGGAAUGGAGAAAGCGGGAUGGACAGACCAUCAGUGAGCUGGAGUCCCAAGUGCACUCUUUGAGGGAGGAGCUGCUUGAGGCUCACGCUCAGAGGAAGCAGCAGCUGUCCGAGUUGGGCCUACUAUGUGAGGAAGAGCGUCAACGCGCUGCCCAGGAACAGGAGGUGGCGUUAGGUCGUGUCAGGGCCGAGAUGGAGCGUGUCCGCAAGGAUCUGGAGAGAACCCACACUGCAGAGAGAGAACUUGCUCAGGAGAAGGCAAACAGCAGGUUGAAGCAGCUUGAGAAGGAAUACACCCAGAAGCUUGCUAAGUCUGCACAGACAAUGGCAGAGCUGCAAACAACUUUGUUCUCCAUUAAAGAUGAGAGCAAACAAACUCAGCUGGCUCUGGAGCGCCAGAUAGAGGAAGCACGUACACACUGGGAGGAGGAGAGAAGACAGCUCAGCCGAGAUGCUGACCGUGUCAGCAAGGCUCUCCAGGAGCGGGUGGAGAGCUUACAGAGGCAACUACGCACUGCAGAGAAGAAACUCAUGAGCCGCGAGCUGGAGACCCAGGAACAGAUCACACACAUUCGCCAGGAGUAUGAGUUAAAGAUUAAAGGCCUGAUGCCUGCUGAGCUCAGGCAGGAGCUGGAGGACACCAUCACCUCACUCAAGUCACAGGUCAGUUUCCUCCAGAAGAAAGCAUGCGUUUUACAGGAGGACUUGGAUGCCUGCCGCAGCAGGAGGUAAUGAAGGACAUGCAGUAUUCAGCAUUGAGGAUUUCACCCCCAACAUCCUCACGCACCAUUCGUUUUUAAAACUUGCUUUUAUGUUUUCUGUCAUUUCGAAUUUUCUUUUUAAAUGUAUUUAUGAGUCAUCAUAUUUAUUUCCAUUUUUGAAAACAAAUGAGUUCUGCUAUAUUUGGCAUGCUGUUUAUUCAUCACAACAAAUGCUGCAUGCUGUUUGUUUGGCCAUGUUUACUUGAUUUAUGGAAGCAAAAAUUAGUGUCACAUUCAAAUUUGUUUUUUAUUAAAUAAGUUUUUUUAUUCAA